CUCUCCAUCCAUUUUGCACACAUCAUUUUCUCCGAACCUCGCUCGCCUUUCCUCCGCAUCCUUCGUCCCUGCACCACUUCGACAGUUCCUCUGCAGCCUACGGUUGAAUCUGUUACUACGAAUCACAACCCGGGACGGUUAUCAGAUCUAUUGAUAACCCGCGCUCAUACAUAGCGGCCAUUCCUCUUCCAUCACGCCGGCGUCGGACAUUUUCGGAUAUGCUGGAAAUAUCCGAGCCUGACCUGCUCAACCCGGCUAGCCCCUACCAUCCUCCGCCUGCCUGCCGACUAGUGUACGCUAUUCCCUCGCAUAUAUACAAUCCUCCACGACCGUCUUUCUCCGAGUCUCGCUCCGCGCAGGAGUUCUGUCAAUCACGUCCGGAGCUUUUCUGCGAAACCACAUGGACGCCCGGAAACGCAAACAGCGCGCCAUCCUCAGCUGCAACGACUGCCGCCGCCGCAAACUGAAAUGCGAUAGGGAGUUACCCUGCAAUCGGUGUCUGGGCGGCGGAUACGCGGAGAAAUGUGCGUAUAGUAUCCUUGAAGGGGAUGAUCGGGGAAAGACGCCUAAAAGAGUGCGAGUGCGCACGGAGGAGACGUUCCAGUCUCUGACAGGGAAGGGGAAAGAGACGGAGAGUGAGCGGAUUGAGGCGCUAGAACGCCAACUCCGCGAGCUUGGGGAGGCUGUGAGAUCGCUGCAGAGUAAUAGGAGGUUUGAGGAAGCAGGUCGAAGAGAAGAGGUGGGGCUGGACGGUGGCGAAGAGGUGGAGUUGGAGGAUGCGGUGGUGCAGGGUGAAGCGGUAGUGGAGAAGGAGGUGGGAUUGUGCAAGGGGAGGGGCGUGCGGACGUUUUAUUAUGGUCCGAGCAGUCCGAUUACAGUCGUUGCGCAUGUAGGUCGUGGGUUUCUUGGUUUCACCGAAGGUGAUCUACGGCACCUGGACAGAAGUCUGAAUACGACCAGACUACGUGUUGACUACCCUGUGGUGACACACCGCACUUAGACUCUUUCCUUGGUGCUGUUUGGGUAUCGUUGCCGGCCAGUUGGGGCCGUUAUGUCACUCUUACUAUCUUUUCGACGAUUCCACUAACUCUACGCAGUUCCCCGACCUCCGCCCCUUCAUGAAGCAGGU